AUGGCGGCUGUUCAUGUUGAAUUAGCGGCUGUGGCAAGGUUUGAAGCCGGCGGUUCGACCGCGAGUCUUGCGCCAAAAUGGCGGAAGUGGAAGAAAUCUUUCGAGAUUUUUUGCGAUGCAAAAGCUGUUAUCAAUCCGGCACAAAAGCGUGCACUGCUUCUACACUGUGCUGGUGUUGAAGUACAAGAACUGUUCGAGUCACUAGUUGAUCCAGGGCCUAUACCAGCUGUGGAUGCGGCAGGUCGUGCCGUAGAAGAUACUGCGGAUGUGUACGGAAAAGCGGUACGUACGCUGGACGCACAUUUUCUGCCAAAGGUCAAUGAACCAUUCGAACGACAUGUUUUUCGUGGAAUUACACAAAAGGAUGAGCAAACGGUAGAUCAAUUUGAGUCGAAGCUGAAAAAUCAGGCUGCACUGUGUAACUUUGCUAAUCAAGACAUAGAUAUAAGAGAUCAGGUGAUUGAAAAGUGUCGUUCAGCAAAAUUGAAAAGAAAAUUGCUGGAGCAAACUGACCUGACUUUGAAUCGUGAGCUGGAAAUCGCAAGGGUGCAGGAGUCUGUUAAUUCACAGAUGGCGGCGUUGUCGUUGAAAUCGGACUCUGCGGGUGCGUCUGCUAAUUUCGUUAGCCAUAAACAUGAUAAAAAGAAGGAGUUCGGUAAUAAAGCUGGUCGCAGGAAGUUUCAGAAGAAAAAGUAUGACUCUGAUUCGAAAAAGGAAACUGAUGGUGCACGACGUGGGGCAUGCUAUAGGUGCGGAAACACGGGACAUUUUGGCAAGGACCCUAGUUGUCCAGCAAAAGGGCAAAAGUGUUCGAAAUGUGGGGGCAAUGACCAUUUUGCCAAAGUGUGUAGGUCGUCAAAGGCCAAGGUCAAUAAUAUCGCAGUUGAAUCUGAUUCUGGUGAUGACUUUGCGUUUGUGGUAAAUUGCAAGCUGCAGUACAACGAUGACUGUAUAAAUGUUACAAACAGUAAGUUUAAGUCAAACACAUUGGACUUUGAUGUCGGCGGUGUGAAAUUGUCAAUGCUUGUAAAUUCUGGGGCCACAGUGAAUAUCAUUGGUGAGAAAACGUGGAAAGUGUUGAAAAAGGCCAAGAUAAACUGUCAGGCUGAGGUUACACCGGGCCGUAAGGUGUACACGUAUGCAUCUGCCAAACCGUUGCUGGUGAAGGGGAGAUUUACCUGUGAGAUCAAGCAUAAAAGUAAAUGUAUCCAAACUGAGGUGCUUGUAAUCAAAGGUGCUGGCUUAUCACUGCUGUCCAGUGAUACAGCUACAGCAUUGGGAGUACUUCGAGUCGGACCAGAGGUGAAUGCUGUUGUCGGUGAUCGAUCCAAGAUUGAUGAGAUUGUCCAGGAAUUUCGCAGUAAGGGAUUAUUUGAUGGACUUGGUAAAAUUAAAGGCAGGCAGAUUGAACUUGAACUCAAUCCUGAGGUUAGACCUGUAGCGCAGCCUGUCAGGAGGACACCAUUUGGGCUUAGGAAACGGGUCGAAAGCAAAAUCCGUGAGCUGAUUGAGCAGGAUGUUAUCGAACCUGUUGAAGAACCUACCCCAUGGGUGAGUCCCAUUGUAGUUGUACCAAAGUCAAGUGGUGAUGUACGCCUAUGCAUGGACAUGCGCAGGGUAAAUGAGGCAAUCGUGCGUGAGAGACACCCGAUCCCUACUAUGGAUGAAAUUCUACAGGGUAUGUCGAAAAGCAACACGUUUUCGAAACUCGAUCUUCGUUGGGGGUAUCACCAAUUGGAACUCCAUGUUGAAUCGCGCAAAGCCAUGACCUUCGCGGUGAGCAAUUGUGGGCUCUAUCGUUACAAACGUUUGCCGUUUGGUGUUAAUGCGGCUAGUGAACUUUAUCAGCACGAAAUUCAUAAGAUAAUUCAGGGAUUACCCGGAGUUGAGAAUAUAUCAGAUGAUAUCAUUGUGCACGGUCUUGAUGAAGAGCAUGAUGAAAGGUUGCGCCAAUGUUUGAGUGCGUUGGUGAAAAGUGGUGCCACACUGAACUGGGACAAAUGUUUAUUUGGUGUGAAUGAACUUGAUUUCUUUGGUACACAGUUGUCUGACAAGGGAAUUGACAUUACCAGCGAUAAAGUUGCUGCGAUAUCAAACGCGAGACCUGAAAACGCGAGCGAAGUCAGGAGCUUCUUAGGGCUAGUUACGUUCUGUGCUCGAUUCAUUCCCAAAUUGGCAUCUGUUGCUGACCCUCUCCGCAGGUUGACUCGGAAAGACCAACGAUUUGUGUUCGGAAAGGAAGAGACUAAAUCAUUUGAAAAGUUGAAAGAGAUCAUUGGAAAUGCUGAAACGCUAGCUUACUUCGAUGUGGAUGCUAAAACUAGUGUAAUGGCUGAUGCAGGACCAGUAGGUUUGGGUGCAAUGUUGCUUCAGGAGCAAAACGGGGUGAAGAACUAUGCAGAUACACUGUCAAGGUUGAUUCCUGAGAAGGACAUUCCCGCUAAGGAGACAGUCCAUGAUGAAAUUGAGGAUUACAUCAGAUUUGUCGUGAUCGCUGCAACGCCAAAAGCAGUGACAACCCGAGACAUUGAGCAGGCAUCGAAGGAAGACAAGGAACUGUCUAUGGUUAGGGAGUGCAUUGAUACUGGGAACUUUGAUGAAUGCAAUCCAAAGUUGUAUAGGGUUAUAUCCAGUGAGCUGUGUAAGAUUGGAAAGUUGGUGUUGCGGGGUACACGUAUAGUCAUUCCGCAAAAGCUGAGACAACGAGUUCUCAAUCUCGCUCAUGAAGGACAUCUGGGUGUAGUAGGCACGAAGCAAACACUCAGAACCAAGGUUUGGUGGCCAGGAAUGGAACGUGACGCUGAAAAACUUUGUAAAUCGUGUCAUGGUUGCCAGAUCACUGGUAGGCCAAAUCCGCCAGAACCAAUUCGGAGCACUCAACUCCCAAGUGAACCAUGGGAGGACAGAGCAGUAGACUUUUUGGGGCCGUUACCCCAAGGGGACAUGGUGCUGGUUGUGGUCGAUUAUUAUAGUCGGUACUAUGAACUUGAGGUCAUGAAGACUACUACCGCUGAGAAAACUAUCAGGGUAAUGAGAAACAUAUUUGCGCGUCACGGAUUGCCAAUGACUUUGUUUAGCGAUAAUGGACCGCAGUUCAUAUCAGAUGCAUUCAAGGAAUACAUGGCAGAGUGUGGUAUUAGACAUCAUCUAGUCACUCCUAAAUGGCCUCAGGCAAAUGGUGAGGUUGAGCGUCAGAAUGCGUCUCUUGUAAAGCGCAUGAAAUUAGCUCAAGCUGAAGGAGGGGACUGGAAACUUGAAGUGUUGAAGUAUGUCGCGAGCUACAGGGCUAAAACUCAUCCUUCCACUGGGAAGAGCCCUGCUGAACUAUUAUUUGGUCGGAAAAUGCGCACUAAAAUUCCGGAAGUUAGACCAGGCAUUGGUGACGACCAGGAUGUUCGCGAUCGGGACUCAGAACAAAAAGGAAAGUCCAAGCUAUACGCCGAUGACCGCAGGAAUGCACGCGAAUCAGAUAUUCAAUUAGGCGACUCAGUAUUGCUGAGACGAGAACGACAAGGUAAAUUGGAUACGCCAUUUUACCCACAACCUUACCAGGUUAUUGACAAAUCGGACAGUAGAGUUACUGUGGAAUCGCCACAGGGAGCCAGAUAUGAUCGUAACACCUCACACAUUAAACGAUACUAUUCGCCUCCGGAGAACAACACACAAGACGUUGAAACUCCAUCGUUCGAAACUGACGUCGAAUUGGAAAUUCCGGAAAUCGUUGAAAAUCCGAUAACACUCGAUAAGAACAAUCAUGAGGACGACAAUAAUCAGAUGGAAACGCCAUCAUUCGAAUCACGUCCAACUCGGGAACGUAAAUUGCCGUCUAAGUUUCAGGACUUUGUUAUGGGUUAA